AUGUGGACGGCGUGGUGUGUGGCUGCCCUAUCCGUGGCGGCUGUGUGUGGUGUCCACCAAAAGACAAAUACUGUCCUCAGGGUUACCAAAGAGGUGCUGAGCAAUGCCAUUUCGGGCACCCUGCAGCAAAGCGAUGCCCUCCACUCGGCCCUGAGAGAGGUGCCCAUGGGAAAAGCUGGUGUUGGUGGUGUUCCCUACAAUGACUUCCAUGUCCGAGAGCCACCCACAAAAUAUACCAACGGCAAACAGCUUGGUAGUAAUUACAAGUAUGGUCAUAUCGAGACCAACGACAACACCGCUCAGCAGGGAGGCAAAUACCAAUAUGGGAAGAUCCUAGAGUCAGAUGGAAGCAUCAGGGACCUCCAAAAUGGUGACUACCACAAUGCUGAGAAUGCGAAUGAUGGCCACAGGGGCCAUGGACAGUAUAGGUCAGCAGAGGGUGCACCAACCAUGGGCAGGCAAGAGCUUCGGCCUGGAGAAAUUCCACCUGGUGUGGCUACUGGGGCCCUGGGCCCAGGUGGUUUGCUGGGCACUGGGGGCAUGCUGGCGGCUAAUGGCAUCCUGUCAGGCCAAGGUGGCCUGCUCGGCGGGGGAGGUCUCCUUGGCAAUGGAGGACUUCUCGGAGGAGGGGGCGUCCUGGGCGUGCUCGGCGAGGGCGGCAUCCUCAGCACUGUGCAGGGCAUCACAGGGCUUCGCAUCGUGGAGCUGACCCUCCCUCGGGUGUCUGUGCGGCUGCUGCCUGGCGUGGGUGUCUACCUGAGCUUGUACACCCGCGUGGCCAUCAAUGGGAACAGUCUUAUUGGCUUCCUGGACAUCGCGGUGGAAGUGAACAUCACGGCCAAGGUCCGGCUGACCAUGGACGGCACAGGUUCUCCUCGGCUGGUCAUUGAGCGAUGUGACACCCUUUUGGGGGGCAUCAAAGUUAGGCUGCUGAGAGGCCUUCUCCCCAACCUUGUGGACAACUUAGUGAACCGAGUCCUGGCCAACGUCCUCCCUGACUUGCUCUGCCCCAUCGUGGAUGUGGUGCUGGGCCUUGUCAAUGACCAGCUGGGUCUCGUGGACUCUCUGAUUCCUCUGGGAAUAUUGGGAAGUGUCCAGUACACCUUCUCCAGCCUCCCGCUUGUGACUGGGGAAUUCCUGGAGCUAGACCUCAAUACUCUGGUUGGGGAGGCUGGAGGAGGCCUCAUCGACUAUCCACUGGGGCGGCCAGCUAUAGCUCCCAGGCAGAAGAUGCCAGAAUUGCCCCCCAUGGGUGACAACACCAACUCCCAACUGGCCAUCUCUGCCAACUUCCUGGGCUCAGUGCUGACUCUCCUGCAGAAGCAAGGGGCACUGGAUAUUGACAUCACUGAUGGCAUGUUUGAAGAGCUUCCUCCACUCACCACGUCCACACUGGGGACGCUGAUUCCUAAGGUAUUCCAGCAGUACCCCGAGUCCCGCCCACUCACCAUCAAGAUCCAGGUGCCGAACCCGCCGUCGGUGACGCUGCGGAAGGACAAGGCGCUGGUGAAGGUGUUUGCCAUAGCCGAGGUCAUGGUCUCCCAGCCCAAUGAUGUCGAGACCACCAUCUGCCUCAUUGAUGUGGACACAGACCUCUUGGCCAUGUUUUCUGUGGAGGGAGAUAAGCUCAUGAUCAACACCAAGCUGGACAAGACCAGCCUCAACCUCAGAACCUCAGAUGUGGGCAACUUUGAUGUUGGCCUCAUGGAGGUGCUUGUCAGGAAGAUUUUCAACCUGGCCUUUAUGCCUGCGAUGAACGCUGUGCUGGGCUCUGGAGUCCCUCUUCCCAAAAUCCUCAACAUCGACUUCAGCAAUGCAAACAUCGAGGUCCUGGAGGACCUUCUGGUGCUGAGUGCUUGA